CUGACGAGCUGGCGCACUGGUCCACACUAUUCUCCACCCGCUUCCUUCCCCUCCGGGCCAAAGGAUUGGUUCACGACCCGCGCCGCAAGCAUGGUCCAGCCUCGCUGGCCGCACUUCAGCCGCUCGCCUUUUGCUUGGGCCGCGCCCCGCCGCGCCGGAUCGGCAGGUUGACGCCGCCGUCGACCGAAUCCAAUCCAACCCGUUAAUUAAAACCCCCCCUUCCUGUGCUCAGUAAAACGAGCCCGAUUGGCAGUUUGGCACCAGCACCAGCAGCAGGAGCAGAGACAGGUGAGAGGAGGAGGAUAAACGGAGGAGGCCGCGAUGGGAACCGUGCUGGACUCCCACUUCCUGGCGCUCACGGCCAUCGUCACUGUGGGAUAUCAGCUGGUGUUCUUCAUCAUCACCGCGCUCCUGCGGUUCGAUAAAGUCACUGAUUUCGCAGGAAGUACGAAUUUCAUCAUACUUGCAAUCCUCACGCUAGCUUUGAAGGGAGCAUGGCAUUUCCGUCAGGUUGUAUUGACUGUGCUCGUUGUGAUUUGGGGUCUUCGCUUAGGACUAUUCUUAUUAAUGAGGAUUCUUCAAUGGGGAGAGGACAAACGGUUUGAUGAAAUGCGCGAUAACUUGGGAAAACUAGCAGUUUUCUGGAUUUUCCAGGCUGUUUGGGUAUGGACUGUCAGCUUGCCUGUUACAAUUGUGAACGCAAGUGACAGCGAUCCCUCAAUUGAAGCCCGUGAUAUUAUUGGUUGGAUCAUGUGGCUGAUCGGGGCAGGUAUGGAAGCAAUAGCUGAUCAGCAGAAGCUUACGUUCAAGAAUUCUCCGAGCAAUCGUGGAAGGUGGUGUAAUGUGGGUCUUUGGAGUUAUACUCGCCAUCCAAAUUACUUUGGCGAGAUAUUCCUUUGGUGGGGAAUAUUUGUAGCAUCUACUCCAGUUCUCUCAGGAGCUGAAUGGCUCGUGAUCCUCGGACCUGUAUUCCUGACGCUCUUGCUUCUCUUCGUUAGUGGAAUCCCACUUCUGGAGGCUUCUGCUGAUAAGCGCUUUGGACAGAACGAAGAAUACCGCACGUACAAGAACACUACAAGUCCUCUUAUCCCACUACCACCAGCUGUGUAUGGAGCCCUGCCUGGAUGGUUCAAGAUGGGCUUCCUCUUCGAGCUCCCGCUCUACAAUCGUGUACCGCAACGUGAUCCUGUCAGCUGAUGAUAUCAGUGAUCUCUAGCGAUUGUUGUGUACAAUGUGUGUAGUAUAAGAUACUUCCUCCGUUUCACAAUGGAAGUCAUUUUAGCAUUUUCCACAUUCAUAUUGAUGUUAAUGAAUUUAGAUAGAUAUAUAUGUCUAGAUAUAUUAACAUCAAUAUGAAUAUGAAAAAUGCUAGAAUGACUUAUAUUGUAAAACGGAGGGAGGACAUUGUUAUUGUCGAUAAGUGAUUUCUUUUCGCUUUGGUUAUUAGGGCAGUGAAAUUGUAUCCACGUGAAAACAUUACGUUCCCUUCAGCUCUGUUUCUAAGCUAUCCUUUUGGUCCCUUUUUAAAAUUUCCAUGAUAUAAACAGCCAACAGCCAUUGACUAUGGUUAUUUGUCUGAGCAAAACACCUGAUAUGAUUGACAAUGGGGUCAGCACUAAACGAAGUUUGUACUCCUACACAUUUUGACAA